AUGCGAAGGAUAUCCAGCGUCUACUACGUCAACGGCAAGUACGUCGACAAACGCAAAGCACUACGCGAGGAGACGACCCCCUUCACAGCGAAGCGCUUCCUGCUCUGUGUAUGGGUGUGUGUUGGACUCGUGCCGCUACUGCUUCAGGUCAGAAGCUACAUCAAGUUCAUGACGCCACACAAAAUCACCGAGGACUUGGUCGUCCCUGCAGAUUCAGUGGCCGAGACGGCGAACCUCGAGAACUUUUGCCCAGUUGAAGGACUCGCCAUCGCGGGGGCCUGGUGGAACGUCGUGGACACUCAUUACUACACUGUUCCGGAUGGGAGGGUCUGCCACUUUGUCGUGCCGCAAUACAAUAUUCACGGAGCCUAUCUUCUCGGACCCGAUAAAGUCCCUCCAUCCCGUACAACACCAGCAAGCUGCGCCAACGAGAGCUACCCGUUCCACCACUACUUUUACCACGGCAGUAUCGGCUUUUACGCGUUCUACGAGGAAGCGUCGGGCACGUAUUGCGCCAAUGACAAAGUGUCGUACGUGGAGGUGGAUGGUCUCGGGACUUACGACAGCAAUGGUGCAGAUUUGGCGAACGAUACGGGUGACGCACUGUACAGGAGCUCGUACUGGUAUGGCUUGUUCGGAGCAGUCUGGAUUGCAUAUCGAUCGAUGCUGAUGAGGAGGAGCUAUAUUUCUUGCAAACGCUUUGGACGACGAAGCGAUAUUAUGCACCAGAAGAUGCUGUUCAAGGAGGCGGUGGUGUACGUGCAGGAGAGUUUGCGACUGUCAGCGCACGGGGCGAGGAACUAUCAUCGUGCAGCGAUACUGUAUCUUCUGGUCGAGGGGCUCAUGAGCGACUUGUUCAUGCUCAUCGCACAGGACGGAUUGAUUGCCAAGGUCCAGUACAUUUCGUUGGGCUAUAAUUUGUCUGGAGUGCUGUCGAUGCUGUUUGAAAUGGUGGAGAGCAUGAACUGGUUCAGCGAGAAGUGGCGUUGUUUGCUCAAGCGCCUAUUCUUCAAUUAUGAGGCUGCUAUGGUGGGCGAGUUCUUCUGUGCGAUAGUGAUGCACUACUAUCUCACAUCGUUAAAUCGGUCGAGCCUUAGAGAUUCCAAGCCAGCAGCUGAGGUUGUAUCGUAUUACGUGUGGAGCUUGGUAGGCCACGGCAUCAUCGUGCUGGGGAUUGUCGGUGCCAUCAUAACAAUCCGAGCGUUGGGGGCCAUGAUUGCGGUUAGAUACACCUAUGGGUCUUUCGAUCCGUUAACGGCACAAUGCGGUGUGGAUACUGCGCUAGGAGUUCGAUCGAAGAUGAUUCUCCUGAGUGGCUAUGUAUGGGAGGACGGUGAGCUUCGCUACAGCGUUGACACUCUGAAAUGCUUCGGGAUGAUGAGUAUGGACGACGAUGAUGGAGCGCAGUUCCUCGUUCUGCACAAAUUACGCUGGCUCGCGAUUCCUCGACAAGAUAUGAUCGUCAUUGGUGAAGUGCACGGCCACCGAGUGGAAUUAUGUCCAGAGCGGCCGUGCAAUGGCAUCGUAAGCGUCUUCAGUAAAACACUGGGAGGUCCGCCGGGUCGAGCGCAAGGACCAACGCUAAUGGUGAAGCACACAUUUGCACUCCAAGUUGCCCCAGUCACUCAAACUGAAUAG